AUGGACUUACGAGUAGGCGGCAAGUACCGCAUUGGCAAGAAGAUUGGUAGUGGUUCUUUUGGUGAUAUAUAUCUCGGUAUCAACAUCAUUUCGGGAGAAGAAGUGGCUAUCAAGUUGGAAAGCGUCAAGGCGAAGCAUCCUCAGCUCGAGUACGAGGCCAAAGUCUACAAAACGCUUGCUGGUGGCGUCGGUGUACCUUUCGUGAGAUGGUAUGGCAUUGAGUGCGACUACAAUGCUAUGGUUAUCGACUUGCUCGGCCCCAGUCUUGAGGACCUCUUCAACUUCUGCACCCGCAAAUUCACCUUGAAAACGGCUCUCUUAUUGGCUGAUCAAUUGAUCUCUCGAAUUGAAUAUGUUCAUUCUCGUAACUUUAUCCAUCGGGACAUCAAACCUGACAACUUCUUGAUGGGCAUCGGCAAACGGGGCAACCAAGUCAACAUCAUCGAUUUUGGUCUGGCCAAGAAGUACCGUGACCCUAAGACCCACCUACAUAUCCCUUACAGAGAGAACAAAAACUUGACCGGUACCGCUCGCUACACUUCCAUCAACACCCAUCUUGGGGUUGAACAAUCUCGCCGAGAUGAUAUGGAAUCACUCGGAUACGUUUUGAUGUACUUCCUCCGUGGAAGUCUCCCCUGGCAAGGUUUGAAGGCUGCGACCAAGAAACAAAAGUAUGAUCGUAUCAUGGAGAAGAAGAUGACAACCCCGACUGAAUUCUUAUGCCGAGGCUUUCCCAAUGAAUUUGCCAUCUAUCUCAACUACACACGCUCCCUCCGAUUUGAUGACAAGCCCGACUACAGCUACCUUCGUAAAUUAUUCAGAGACCUCUUCCUUCGUGAAGGUUUUGCAUAUGACUACGUUUUUGAUUGGUCAAUCGCUAGCCGCCUGUCUGACGAUACCAAAGAUCCGAGAGAAGGUCGACCACCAGCGAGUGCCCCACAAGGCCCCCUUCGACGCAAAGUCCAGCUCCAUCAAGAAGAUUUGGGACAAAACAAUGAACGGAUGUAA